AUAUGGUAUAAAAGCAGCAGAGAACUCUGUAACAAGCACACAACACAGAAUGAAUCCCAAGAGCGAAGUCAUCAUCAUCGCAGCUGUGCUUUGCUUCCUGCUGGCCUGUGUCGAGGGUCAAUUGACAUUCUCACCCGACUGGGGCAAGCGUUCGGUGGGUGGUGCUGGUGGCGGCAGCUCGGGCUCCUUCUUUGAGCCGCAGCAGGGCAACUGCAAGACCUCCAACGAAAUGCUGCUCGAGAUCUUUCGCUUUGUGCAGUCGCAGGCCCAGCUGUUUCUCGACUGCAAGCAUCGCGAGUAGGAGAAGGCUCCAAUCCUGAAGCUCCGAUCCGAGAAGAACACACACACACAGCCACAUAUUUAUCCAUAUAUAUACACUACACAUAUAUAUCGAUGUCCAUAUACUAUACACACACGUU